AUGGUGCAUCACCGCCUGACAUCGCGUUCAGUGGCCUCCUGGCUCACGCGCAUCUCCUCCAAGGCGUCAGACUGGGUCUUCGGCAGUGUCCCCUUGCCCGCCUCGUCUGAGGCUAAUGUCCCCAAGCCGGCGGUGGGAGGCGUGACGGUGAUGGAGAAGAUGCCCUACCCCUACGCCACGGGUAUGGUGCCCAGGCUAGCUAGCGAGACGCUGAGCGGAGGAGGGUUGGUCGGUGGGUGGAUGUGUGUGCAUGUUGAUGUGCCCGUCGAGGACGAAGAUGACGGUCAGGAAGGCGCUGCUGGCGUGAGUGGUGCCAAUGACGGUGCUGGUGGUGGUCAGCAGGAUGGUAGUGGAGGUGCUGGCGGCGCUGGUGCUGGUGCUGGCGCUGGUGCCAAUCCUGGCGAUGGCAGCGUCGGCGGCGGAAGUCAAGGCUUUGCUGGUGCCGGUCAAGCCAGCGCUGGAGGCGCUGGAGUCACCGGAGGUGGCUUCAACGGCAACCCCAACGUUGGCACGGGCUCCGGAUUCGCCGGUCAGCAGCAGCCCGUCUAUAACGGAGGUCAGGGAGGGAGCGUCGGAGGCGCUUAUCCUGGGUCUGGCUACCCCGGUGGCGCUGGUACCCGCUCAGGCUUUGGUGAUCAGCAGGAUACUGGUGCUGGCGGGUUCGCCGGAGGCAGUGACGCUGGUCUGAGCGAUAGUGCAGGCGCUGGAGGCAUUGGCCCCUUUGCCAACGGUGGUGGUGUCUCUGGCGGCUCUGCAGACAUCAACGGUGGCAUGGGUGCCGGUGCAGGUGACCAACGCAACACCAACCCCACCCCCGGCGGUUACAUCCGUUAUCGUGGUCAGCUGCUGACCAUCGACCAAUACCAGCGAGCGCUCGCCUCCUCAUCCUCCCCUCUGUCGCGUCGAGACAUGUUGCCCGUGUCGUCUUCCUCCAUCUUCAUCGACACUCUCCUGCACAAGCGCGACGGCGCAACCUCGACGCCCAAGGUCCUGAUGUGCAUCAACGGCGACCCCGCCCUCCCGCCAAUCAAGUUCAACACCAUGACCGGCCUUCGCAUCCGCGACGCCUCGACCCAGCAGGGUGGUGUGGUGUCCAUCACCAAUUUGCCCAACUACAGCAUGCCCUGGAUGCCCUUCUUGCCCACAGCCGAGAUGUGGGCCGAACAACAGGCAUUGAUGCUGGAGCAGGAGAGCAUCAUCGAGAACAACAUGACCAGCACUCCUCCGCCCUCGCGUUAG